AUGUUUCUCUUCUUCCAUCUGCUCCUCAAAUUUUCAUCUUUGUUCUUUUGCCAUCAUUUUUCACCAUCUUCUUUUCAACAUCUUUUUAUUCCCAAUUCUUUUCCAUCAAAAAACCUUUCUUCUUUCUUCAUUUCUUUUCCAUCUUCAUUUUCAUCAUCUUCUUUUGUCCUCAUUCCUCUUUAUUUCCAAAAUGGCAUCUUCUUUUCAUUUUUUGCAAAAUUUUUUUUGCAUCUUCUUUCCAUCAUUUUUUUCUUUCCAAUUUUUUUUCAUCUUUCUUCCAUCCAUUUUGAUCUUCUUUUUUUAUUUUUCUUCUUUUUCUCAUCUUUUUUCAUUUCUUCUUCCAUCUUCAUUCCUUUUUCUUUCAUCCUCUCUCUUUUUCUCUUCUUUCCAUCAUCUUUUGCAUCUUCUUCCAUCAUUUUUUUGCUCUUCUUCCAUCAUCUUUUUUCUUUUUUCAUCUUCAUUUUGUCUCUUCUUUCCAUCAUCUUUUCAUCUUCUUUCCAUCAUUUUGCAUCUUCUUUCCAUCAUCUUUUGUAUCUUCUUUCCAUCUUCAUUCGUCUUCUUCCAAUCCUCAUUCCUCUCUUUUUCCAUCAUCUUUUGCAUCUUCUUUCCAUCAUCUUUGCUUCUUCUUUCCAUCAUCUUUUGCAUCUUCUUUUUGCAUUCAUUUUUCUUUCUACCAUCCUCAUUAAUCAUCUUUUUGCAUCUUCUUUCCAUCAUCUUUGCAUCUUCUUUCCAUCAUUUUUUAUCUUUUUCCAUUUUCCUCUCUUUCCAUCCUCAUUCCUCUCUUCUUUCCAUCUUUUCCUCUUUCUUUCCAUCAUCUUUUGCAUCUUCUUUUCCAUCAUUUUUGCAUCUUCUUUCCAUCUUCUUUCUUCUUUCGUUUUUCCUCUUCUUUCCAUCAUCUUUUGCAUCUUCUUUCCAUCAUCUUUUGCAUCUUCUUUCCAUCAUCUUUUGCAUCUUCUUUCCAUCUUUUCUCUUUUCUUUUUCCGUCUUCAUUCAUCUUCUUUUUCCAUCAUUCCUUUUUCUCCUUUCCCAUUUUCUUUCAUCAUUUUUUUGCAUCUUUUUCCAUCAUCUUUUUUCAUCUUCUUUCCAUCAUCUUUUCUUUCUUUCCAUCACUUCUUUUAA